AGCAUUCUCACCAUGGUUCUGCGGCUGCUGAUGCGCUACUUCGCCAACAAUGAGCAGCUUAUUCAGCGUAUGGCGGACAGCUAUCCGAUGCGUCGAGCUGCCCAGCUGGUUGUCUCGCUGAUGUAUCGCUCGAAGAGCUUGGCCAGAGAACAGGGUCUGCACGAGAUGACGCCCGAGCGUUUUAAAUCGUUUGUGAACAUGUUUAAAAAUAAUAUAAAACAGGAACUGGAGGGCGUCAAGCAGGAGCUGAAGGAUAAGAAAAAAUAAAUCAAUUAUUGUACAUUUCUAAAAAUAGGCUAAAACAAAUCAGGAUAUAAACUAAAUUUCAAGAGUAAGCGGAAUGGUCUUUGUUUAUGAUAAAUGCUGUAAUGAUACCGCAUUGCAGCGAUGCGUCAGUAAUCAACACUAAAUCGGCAGAGUUGCCAUCUUACCUGACAAAGCAAUUAAGCCAGUGUAAUUCCAGCAGAAGUCUUUGGUCAACUUUUAAAAUCUUCAAAUUUAUUAUAUAAUUUAUAAUACAAAAACCAAAAAAAAAAAUU